GAAUGGUGGAUUAAAUUUCGGCAUCCUUCUGAUAUACUGAAGAACCAUGCCAGUAUUCUAUAUUGUGAAGUUGCUUUCUAUGUAUUAGCAUUCCUCACUUUGGUACAUGCAUUGCGGCACGGUGGUCGAUAUAAGUGGUUGUGGUUAGCAGCGUUACUACAUGGUUUAACAGUAGAAUGUGUCAGCUAUUUCCUACCUGAUAUUGAUAAUUUCUGGCAUGCUCAAACUAUGGUUAUUUUAUUAGGACAGAGAUUACCAUUACAUAUUAUUCUACUUUACCCUGUUUUUAUAUAUACGACCUCUAUUGCUGUAUCUCUGAUGAAACUAAGAUGGUGGGCAGAGCCGUUUGCUGUUGGUCUAGCUGUAGUGUUAUUAGAUGUACCGUAUGAUAUAAUGGGAAUAAAGUUAUUAUGGUGGACAUGGCAUGAUGAUGAUCCUAAUAUAUUUGAUCGGCAUUAUCAAGUUCCCUGGACCAGCUACUACUUCCAUGCUACUUUUGCGUCAGCUUUCGCAAUAAUAUUCCAUGGUGUUAGAGGUUUGUUAUGUAGUAAAGUCGGAAAAUUCCAGUCUGCCGGGUUUUUUUCUGAGUUGGUGUGUGCUAUGAUAACUGGAUUAUUUGCGAUGCCGCUUGGUGUCUUACAGUUUGUUCCAAUUUAUCAUCCCUUACACGAUUCGCUUAAAAUUCACACAGAGGUCUGCGUACUGUUAUUGUUGGUAACAUAUGCAGUGAUAGUUUGGUUAUCAGAUAGAGUUCCGUAUCUUAAUGCCCGAAAUAGUGCUAAUCCAAGUAAUAUAUUUGAGAUCACAUCAAUAGUUAUUAUCCACUAUGUAUUCUAUAUAUAUCUGGUAGUUACUGAACGACCCGAGACCAUAAAGGCUGUUGGAUAUCAUCAAGGUGUAGGAACCUGCCAGGAAACCGUUAAUGUCCAGACGCCCUUUGGUCAGGUUUUAUCUAAAAGGAAGAAUUUAUGUAUUGGUGAUUAUAAAGAAGACGUUUUUGAUUUCAAUUGUAUGAAAGAUAAACCUAAAAAUGGUGUAGAAUGGUAUACAAUCUGUGGGACUGAAUAUCCCAAUCAUAUUGAAUAUAUCAUCGUAGUUACGGCAUUUUGUCUUCUUGGUUUAGCUUUUUACUUCCAAGCAUUAUUCCGGUCUGGAAAUCUUGCCCCAUCAAAAUCUGCAAGAACAAAGCAUCACCGUGAUUAA